GGUUUGUUUUGAUAAUCAUAAAGAUGGAGGAAUGACGGUUGUUGUAAUAAGAAUUACCAGUAUUAUUAUUGAUAUAUCUGGCACAUGUUCAUCAUUUCCGAAAGAAAAAUAUAAAAAUGGUAUUGGACACAACAGUUUAGAAUGUGAUGCUAUAUAAAACAUAACACAUUUAUUUUUCAUGCAAGUUUCGAAGAAGUCAUUUUGAAAAUCAAUGUUUUCAUAUCUAAAACAAAUAUUAAUCGAGAUUUAAUAAAAAAAAUAAGCAUCUAAAUGAUUGAAAAUAUUCUUCGUAGGAAUUUUCGAAAUCCUCAACGAAAGAUUUGGCAAUGUAUAAGAUUGGAAAUUAUUUAAAAUUUUCUAAUAAUUUGUUUUUAACAUCAGUGACCAGAGCAUUUCGGCAACUUUUGUAAUUGCCAAGUUAAAAUACCUAAGUCAGCUUAUUAAAAGCUCAACACACGGCUUUCAAACCUGCAGAGACCGGUUGUCGCCUCGUUCUGACAGUGGUGGCCAUUUUAGUGUCUGAAAUGCCGCUGGUUAUUCUAUGUGGUUUGCCUUGUUCGGGCAAAUCGACCGUUUCCCAGUCACUGGCUUCAUACUUCCGUGAACAGUCUAAGAAUGUGGACAUUAUCAGUAUCCAUUCCAUUGGGUUGGAUAGGAAUUCAUUAUUUGCUGAUUCCAUGAAAGAAAGAGAAGCCAGAGGUUUAUUCAAAUCUGCUGUCCAAAGAUCUAUUUCUAAGGAAUCUGUUACCAUACUUGAUGCUAUGAACUACACUAAAGGUGAGUUAUGUAUUUCUUAUUAACCCCUGUUGAUUAGCAAAAUAGUUCACUUAACAAAGUACAAAUCUUAAUUUUUGUGGUUCCUGGUACC